AUGAUGGCCUGUCAGUACUUGAGGACUGGUCGGGGGCUCCGCCUUCAUGGAUCCUGUUCGACCGGCGGUGCCAGAGACCGUUCAUUCGGUGCAAUGGUGAGGUCAAUGCUCCGAGGGAUUGCAUCCCCCAACCAGAAGGCCCGACCUCCUUGCUGGGCGCAUUGGGAAGCUGCUGUUCGCGUUCCUCGCAAGGAACUGAGAAAGCCUGUUGUUUGGAAAGCCUGUCCAGUGGCAGCUGUUGCUAUAUCCAGCCACGUUUUGUCGAUGAGAAUUCACAACGGUUUAGGGAUUGUGAGGCAAAUACAUGGAUUGGGACAAGACGCAACAGAGGUGUGGCUGGGGGAAAAGAAUCUUCUUAGAAAUUCAGGUUCCAGGGAUGUUCGCAUAAUUCCCCACUCGAAUCAUGUAAUGGAAGACUUCUGUCGGCCAACUAGUCUUCAUUGUUGA